AUGUCGUCUUCGGGUCCAAGAGGAGGCGGCGGAGGUCAGUUUUCAUCUCGAUAUAGAGACGAAUACUCGGACCACGGCAACAAAUCCAGGAGGAAAAACUUUUACUCAUCGAAUUCCGCAACAACAGCGACACUUUUACCAAACACAUCGAAUCAAUCAGCCACAUCUCCUGCAGUACCGAAUUUAUCGCGACGAGACUUCAAAAGCAACGGACCUGGCUCAUCGUCAUUAACACAUCUGAAAGAUGUGCAAUCGAUACGCAGUGGUACUGCUCCUGCAGCUGGCUCGGCAUACACAUCAAAUUACCAGUCAAUUCCAAUUUCCAAUGGAUACGGUGGAGGCUAUGACUUGUCCUCGGCAAAUUCAUCAUCAUCGUCAUCGUCAUACUAUCGAGUAGACAACUGGAGGAAAUCUGGCAAAGGCAGUGGAGACUCUCGACUAUCAAUGAGCAAUUCCAAACCUUUGCUUUCAGGUCUAUCUCAGUCGUAUAGAACAUCCGAUCAUAAACGAGAAAGAUAUGAUUCUUUUAAACCUGCAAAUGCAACAUCGGGGAAAUGGAAAGGAGCCAGAGGCAACUCGGCACGGUAUUCUGCAAAGGAUCGAAUACGGAAUGGCAAAUCUUUGCUCCAUAAUAAUAAUAACAACAACAACAACAUAAAUAACAUAAAUAACGUGAACAGCAAUAACAACAUAAGCAACAACAACAACAUAAUCAACAACGGCAGCAGCAACAUCAACAAACUGUAUAUAACAAAUAGUAACCAUGUUCCCUUGGGCGGAACCGAUGCCGGCGGGAGUAGCUCAUAUCGACCGGCAACUACAUACAAUCCAGAAUCUUAUUAUUCGUCAACAUAUGGAUCCUAUUAUUCCAACAAGAAAGCCAUCGAUCGGUACCCGUCAUUGACCCAUCUGCGACCUCCUUAUUUAUCAAGAAAAUAUGACAAGUAUGGUCCCACCCAUCAACCUGAUGAAAAGGAUGGUCUAGGCCGUGAAGGAGGAGACGGAGAAGUGGAAGAUGGGGAAGAGGUAGAAGUAGAUGGCGAAGAAGGAGAUGAAGGACGAGACACGGAGGAUGAAGAUGACGAGGGAGACGAAGAUGACGAAGGGGAUGAAGAAGAUGAAGAGGAAGUGGACGAGUCAGAAAAAAGCUUCAGAAAUGUAACAGGACAAGACGACUAUUUGAGGGUUAAUGCUGACACAUCUGUUGGUCUCGAAGAUACUCGUGAAGAGGAUGAAGAUCAAACGGACCAAGAAGGCAGUGAUGUGGACGAGAAGGAGGAGGGGGCAGCGGCGGCGGCGGCGGCGGCGGCGGCAGAAAAAAAGCAAAAGGAAGAGCAGAAGGUUAUGCAAAAGGAUGUGCAAAAGGAGGAGGAUAUCAUCAAGCGCGAAAAGUCCAGCUUUCAAUAUGAUGAGCAAAAGCAUAGUCAACAAGCAAAUGUUUCCAAUGUAGCAGAAAUCAAAGUAGAAGAAAUAGAGCCAGAUUCCACCAUUACCGAAGAAGUGGAUGAAAAUAUGGCAAUAGAGUUUGAUGCUGACGACGAAUACAAUGAAUCGAACAAGGGGAAAUACCCGUUACCUAAAUUUGAAAGUCAGUACGAGCAAAUGCGUCGAGAAUUUAAAUUCAAAUCUAAAACCAAACAUCAAGAGUUGAAAACGAGGUUCAAAUACCCGUUGGAGACACCAGUGACUGAUUUUUACGAAUUUCCAUUUUUCGAAUUCAAUUACCGCUACUUCAACCGCAUCAAGGCAAGCUUUAUUAAGAAAUUGCUCGAACAUGGAUCUAACCUACGAAUGAAAAAAUUGAAAUUGUGGCAUGAAUACAAGACCGGAAUGAAAUUAUGUGAAGAAGAACGAGUAAAGAUGAAUCAACAGUUGCGCAUCCUCCAUCCGACUGAUGAUGAGGCAAGACGCGAGAUUGAUUCAAGCGAUUUAAAGAAAAACUCACAACAACAAGUGGCCAACAAUAGCAAUGGAGGUGUAGCUCCUCCAACAUCAAAUGGCUCUCCAGUGAGCGCGGCGGCCUCGGAAUUUGUAACGGGACGACGCAGCAACAGAAGACACGGCGAUUUGGUUACUACAGAGGCAGAAUUUCAGGAGAUUUUGUUGAGCUUGGGUAAAGAAGACGAUAUGGAUCCAAUGGCGAAAGCGUUGCGUGUCUCGGCAGAUAUACCAGAUAUGAUCUUGGACUCUAAGGAAAGAGAUAAUUUUCAAUUCAUGGACUCGUCGAAUAUCGUGCAGGAUAAGAACAAGUGGACCCAGAGGGUAAAGUCUGAUUUUUUUAACACCUUUUCCCAGCGAGAGCACGAGCUUUUCAGUGAGGCUUUUUGUUUGUACCCUAAACGGUUUGGUGCCAUUUCUCGACACAUGGGUGGCAUUCGAAGCGCAUCUGACUGCGUUGUACACUACUACAUGACCAAGAAAGAAAUCAACUACAAGCAGUUAUUGGCUCAGCAUAAGAAGAAAGCCAAUCGGAAAAAUCGACGUGUCAAGACUGCAAGUCGUAAACCUCUUGCUACUGCUGCUGUCGCUACUACUGCUACUGAUGUAGCUACUACUACUGUUGAUGCUGCUCCUGAUGCAACUUCUACCACUGCUCAAAAGGAUUUCAUUUUGACAGGAGAAAGUCAACCGGUGGAAAUUACCCUGGAAACGGCUUCAGGAGAAACGCCGACUGAACUGGAGACGACGCCGGCGGAGGUUCCUUUAGUCGCCACGAUUUCAUCCGAGCUCGGAGGUAUGGAUGUUGUGUUUACAGAAACUGGACGUCGAAAGAGAAACGCCGCCCCACAAUUCGAUGGCACUGCAAGGGAAAAGAAGAAGCAUAAAAAAGAAGUGGCUCGUGUGGAAAAAGUGGCAGCGGGCGCUGACACAAUACCAGGGGUUGUCAGUGGGCAAGGAGACGCCCAGAUUGAUGCGUCCAAGCCAGCUGUGGAUAAUGUUGUGCGGGCGGACCAACUGGUGGCUCGGCCCACGGGAGCUAAUAUUCCAUCUCAAUUGAAACUGGAAUCCCCAUCAGUGAACCCACCUGUAAACCCACCAGUGACACCAGCACAGGAAGAAAAACGGAAAACCAUAUCAAGCUACUGGAGCAUCACAGAAACCAAUGCCUUCCCAGCGUUGCUAGCCGAGUGCGGUACAAAGUGGACAGCCAUUGCUGAUAAGCUUGGCACAAAGUCUGCAACCAUGGUUCGAAAUUACUAUCUGCGAAAUGCCGAGAAGAACAAUUGGAUACCAAUUGCCAACGAGGCGGACAACAAGAUGAACUCGGCUGCGGUUGCGCCUCAGGCUCCAGCUCCAGCUCCAGCUCGAGCUCUAGGUCAGACUCCAGCUGCCGCUACAACUUCAACUGCAGCUCCAGUUCCAAUUCCAAUUCCAGUUCCAGUUUCAGUUCCAACUCCAACUCCAGCUUCAACUGCGGCUGCCUCUGUGGCAAAUGUCGGAUCCUUUGAGAACCAACAUUACGUGAAUUAUCAACAGCCAACUCAACAGCAGGCAACGUACAUACCAAUUGGAACAUUUCAUAACCCCUUGCCCACAUUUCAAAACCUUACUCCUGCUUAUCAGCCUUACGACGGGCAGCUGGCGUUUCAGCCUCAACACUACCAAACUCAGCAACCAGCCUUUGCUCCUUCGAUCACCAACCUCUUAUCUGAUCACCAACCUCCGCCUGCUCAACUGCAAAACUACCACCCAUACCAAGCAGAACCAUCUCGAACUCCACCGGAACCUACAAAAAAUGUGGCCACCGUCCACAAGAGCUCCAUUAUGAGUUUGUUAAACUCGGACACGAGCCCAGCGAAACCCACACCUGCUUAUCAGCCCGUGCAGCAACAGCAACAAGUACACCGUGCAAAAGCUAAUUUGACAGAUUUGCUAAAUGGUCCAAGUGAGCCGCCUCAAGCUCGUAAUAGUCAACAAAAACCUGUUAAGCGAAGUGGAAUUGCUGCUCUUUUAUCUGCAGAUCCCGGUCCCUAA